GAUGUCAAACGUCAUAGAGCUGCGUUAUUCUAUAGGAAGACGCGGUGUGUCAUUCAUUUUUGGCUUUUUCGAGGGUUAGUUUGUUUCUCGUCGCGGGAGAUGAAAUGACAAACUUGUUAAGGGUUUCAGUGGGGUUUCCUUAGACCUCCACAUCCCAUAAAACCCGACAAAGACGGAUUUAUAACUUAAGGAUUUACUUGAAAGUCUCCAGUUUCUUCGGAUAUCGGUGUUAGAGAUCAAUCAAAGAGAGAUGAUGACUUUAUCAUACCUCUACACGCUGUGCAUGUGGAUGAGCUUGGUGUGUUCUUCGCUGGGAACAGGGUUUGUUUAUCGCUUUCCAGGCAUCACUGUGCAGCGGCAGAGAAUCAAAUCGGAGCAGAGCAGCAACACAGGACCACCAGGAACCGGGUCUAGCACCCAACUCAGGUGAGCACAUACACAGACUGCAUAUUAUGACUUAAUACUGCAGAUAUUAAAGAAAAUUAAAUGUAAGAUGUUGAUUUUUUGUGGGUGCUGCAGCAUAUUGAAGUCACAAAAGUAUUCUAGUUUAUUAAAAGUUUUACACCAAUCCACAAUGUUCUUUAACUAUGUUUUUUGAGAGAUUUCUUACAUUAUGUCCAAAUCCCGAUUGUAAAAUCUUUUUUCAUUUGUAUUUUAGGAACUGGUGUCAGUACACUGUUUCCAAAACAGUGACCUGUCAGGUGCACAAUGGGACCGAAACCUCAGUACAGAGGGUGUUUCAGGGUUGCAGAUGGCCCGGACCCUGCCCCAAAGUCAUCAGGUACCCCAAGACUCCCUGCAUUAAUUCUUUGUUUUUGGUCACACUCUGGUUUUCUAUGAGCUCUGUAAGUAAUUCAGGGGCGGGUGAUGGGAUUUGUAGUCUUUUCCUGCCAUAUUUAGUUCUCUUUUAUGUUAAAUUUUCUGUAUUUGUGGAGGUUGAUUCUUCCAGAAAACUCAGAUUUCAAGGCAAACAUUAAGUUUCUCUUCUUGGAUAACAGGAACAUUUUAUCGCCAUUGAUUUAGUAUUCACAAACUGUGCUUAAAUUUGUAAAUAAAUUAAAUAAAGCUCCAAUUCUCUCUACAAUAUGAGUGCAUUUGAUACAUUAACACAAACAUGGACGUUAGAGUAAAAAUAGUGUUUCUUUUUCCAUUCAGGUCAGAGACAUUUCUUGCUCUUUCUCAUUCCUUCCUCUGUAUUGUCCUAACAUGACCUGACACACACACACACACACACACACACACACACACACACACACACACACACACACACACACACACACACACCAUGCCUCACAGACACUUCUCAAGGGAAUCAAAGAAAAGUAUUUGGAGUCAUGUCUGCUUUGAAGCACUUUUGCAGUACAUGUUCCUGAGGUCUGACUGUCGUCUGUUCCAGCUACAGGACCUUGAUCAGGCCGUCCUUUAAGGUGGCUUACAAGCAGGUGACCGCGCUGGAGUGGAAAUGCUGCCCGGGCUUUGUCGGAGAAGAGUGUCGCGAGGGUAAGUUUCUUGUGUGGGCUUCUUUCUUUCUCCUUAAAUGAUAUAAAAUUCCAACUCUCUCUGAAUGAUGAAGGUCUGAAAUGAAGGCCAUGUGUUCAUCUGUGUCUCUUUAGCAGCAGCAGGCCGCUUUUUCCCACUUCAAUGACUUUUUUAUGUUUGGUGGUGUGUAGUAGGGUAGCUUGCUAAUAGAGCUUCUGUGCAGGGGUCGGCCUUUUGAUUGAACUGUAAAGUUGUUGUGGAUUAAGACUGAAAGCCGUUUUUAUUGGGAUCUGCAGUGAAACAACAGCUGAAAGGGAUCCUGAUGUUUGAUGUGGUUUGUACCUUUUCUUUAACAGGCGUGCCAUCACACAACGUUUCUGUGCCUGGAAGACAGAUUAGAAAAUCAAACUCUCCCUCUGUAUCCCUGUUAUUAGCACACACGCUUAUAAAACACACAUAUGCUAACUGUAGACAGCACAGAGGCAGUUUAGCCGUCUCUUUAAAUAUCAUUUUGGCUUUAGGAGUCAAAAAAAAAAUGAAUGAAAAAUCUCAAAGGAACGUCCAGCGGAGCAGCUUGUAAAGUGGGAUGCAGUCUGGGCCUUCUGGAUACCACAAACCGCAGACUGCAAGCCCAGUAAAGACCCACAUUUUCACCCAGGGGUGAGCGACCGCAGCCGGCCUAAAGAAACAGAAGGAGAGGGUGGAUGAAGGUCUAAUGUCAGGCUGUUUAUUUAUAUAUAGAUGUACAUUUCUAUGUGUAUGUGUAGCCACAGCAUGCCACCACAGUGACAAACAUGUUUUCACGCACUGUGUUUUCAACACUGUGAUGCAUGUAAGUGGGAUCUUGCUGUGGUCGAGUUAUUUCAAAUGCAGAGUUGUUUUAAGAACUUUCUUUUCGAAUCUCUUUGUUCAAACCAGCAACUCUUUUUGUCACACAAUGCUGUAAUUUGCCUGUGAUUGAAAAGCUCUGGCUCAGUCAGUCCAAAUUAAUCCAACAUUAACAGUUACCUCAAUGAGCACGUUUUGUUAUUGGUCAUAAUUACCGCAUCUUGUUCCAUUUUGCCGAAUUAUUCACUGUUGCACUUGGAAGGGCGAGAUCCACCACGAGUUAAGAAAACAUACUUUUAAACUAAUGGAAUAAACACAGACGUUAUUACAAUGCAUUUUGGAAAGUGUCACUUGCCAGUCAGUGGAUAUUAUUCCACACAAAGAUUAACACAUCCGCUGAGUCUGUAACGCCAGAGAUUAUGGUUCACUUGAGACCAAAGUGGUUGCAGGAGUGUGAAGAAGUAAUCUGGCUGUUUAUUUAACGUAUGCUGAAAAGUGUUUGUACGUUCUAAUGGCUGUAAUAGUCAAAGAGAGAGAGAAAGAGAAGGAGGAAAAUUGCCUCCAUAUGGAAGAGACAGGAGUGAGGAGACCUUAAAGACACAGGUUGACGUCACUGCACAGUCUGCUUCACACCGCAGAGAGGAGGGAGAGCUGGCAGGAGGUCAGUGUGCCGGAGAAAGAGAGGCGAGGACACUGAGGGGAGAAAGUUAGGAUGAGUGCACAAAAAACAACAAGGUGUUAAACUUGGCAGUUAUGGAAAAGGCUGUGUAGCAAGAGGAAAGUGUGGAUGAGGAGAGAUUUGGUCCCACAGCGCUGCUCCAGCUGCUCCAAGCUGCCCAGACGGCAGCAGAGCAGAGAGCCUGUUCUUGUGGGAAAGUGGCCCCACAGAGAUUAACAGGCAUGACACUCCUCCGGCAGCUCUUUCUAACAAACGUGACCAUGCUCAGAUCAGGCUCGGGAACAAAGAUGAAGUCCCCCUUCUGAGGAUUAAAGUCAAGGAAGUCAGAUACAGUACAAAUGCAUAUCAGGAAUUCAAAAAGAGGCAAAAACGCGUUCUCAUGUCCCUAAAACUCCCCAGCAGUAUCCAUACUGAGCUGUGACUCAACCCCUGCAAGCUACUUUCAGUGCAUGUCCCUUAUGGUUUAAAAAAAAAAACUCUGGCAGCUACAAGUAGACUUAACAAAAGUUAGGAAAUCAAGAUACAAACAAACGCGAUGAAGUGUUUGUCUUGGGAGGAUGUUGUGCCUGAAAAAUCCCUCUGAUUUACAGACAUCUCUUUCACAAUGUAAGUGGAUGGGUGGAGUGCAAGGUCUAAUCCCCAAUGAAGGAGAAAAUGAGCUUAAAGUUUUAAGACAAAGUUUUUUUAAUGUCAAAAAACUAUGUUUAGCAAAAUAUAAUUGACAGCAGUACUUUUUUAUAAUGAAUCAUGACGACAUGGUAGAGAAUUAACAGUUACCAUUCAUAGGGCUGCAGCAAAAGAUUUAAAGUUGUAGAGCAAGCUUUUUGAUUGGUUCACACACACAACACACAAAGAGUUGUGUUUAAAGCUACUAUAAGGAGUUUUCUUAUGUUUAUAUGAUGGCUUGAAAUUCAUAUUGAUGCUUUUUUGUGAUAUCAAAAAGUGAGUAAGGCCAACAGGGGCAAGACUGAAUUUGUAUAAUGUCAUUUUUAAAGACUGAAUCAGUGCAGAGAGGUGUCAGCUGUCAAGUAGCAAAAAAUGUAGCUGCUGUUUUUAGAAUUUCAACAGAAGAUAUUCACAAUAAUUUAGAUAUUUAAGAGUCAAAAGUCAGCAGGAUGAGAUCUUUUUUGGCGAACACGACUUAACCUCUUAGAAGAAUCAGAAUCAGAAUCGUCUUUAUUGUCAUUGUACACAGUACAAAGAAAUUUGAGCCCCUCUACCUUUGGUGCCAAACAGUAGUAUUUAAAUAAAAACCAAUAAAAUCCAUUAAAAACACAAAAAUAAGAAAAGUAAGAAGCAGUAAUAUAUACAGAUAUAUACAAAACCGAAAAGGAUAUGAAAAUCCUAUUAUUGCACAGUGAAGCCCAGUUUUAUUGCACAAAUAAAUGAUUCAUUCAUUCCACUGUGAUCAAUAUGAUCAGUAUAUAUGUUGGUUGAAGGGGACAGGUUUAUCUGGAUUUGUUGUUGUUGACUGCAGUGAUAGCUCUCGGGAAGAAGCUAUCAUUGAGUCUGUUGGUCCUUGUUUUGUGUGACCUAAACCUUUGACCUGACGAUAACAGGUUAAAGGACAAUAAAAGCAAAGAUUACUUUUAUUGUCUGCAACUGAACUCAGAGUUACCCACAGGUGCUUUAAUGGUCAAAACCAUGGACCGUACGGUACCACGGGCAGAACAACAGAUAGCCUGAAUGAAGACAUCUAAAGCGCCUCCUUGUGGCUGACUGCUAUACAGAUCAGAAAGCCCACCUUCUCCAUUAUGACAGAUGGAACAUGGGGCAAGAUAUAAAAUACAAAUGCGUGUUAAACAAAUUUCCCUCCAACGCACUUUCUUUAGCUACAAUUAGUUUGUAUCAGGUUGAUUUGUGUGCAAGUGUCCAUUUUCACAGAAGUUUUAAUUAGUUCUUUGACAAACUAACCCCAUAUUACUGCAGAAUUGCCUCACACAGUUAUCUAAAUAAGACGUCGAGCUCAGAGGGUCUUUAAAUUGUGAGAAAGCUAAUAUACAACAGCUAAAUCCAGCAUUUAGCCAUAUACCAGCUUACCAGCAGCCAAACUGUAGGGUUUUAGGACAGGGACAUCUUUGAAAUCACAAGGAUGAUGUAAUAAAAUGAUACUUCUUUGAAGAGUCGGAUGAUUUCCCUUUAUUCUUCAUGCUAAGCUAACUUACUGUUGUUAUCUCCCUGCACAGACAGCUUGGUUCCAAUCUUCUUAUCAAACUCUCAACAAGAGCGCAAAUUAGCAUGUUUUGAUUUCCGAUUAUUAUACAGUGUUGGAUCAUAUUCUUUGAUAACGGAGCUCUGUGUGUGCAUGUAUAUGUUUGCGCAUAUCUACUUGUGUCUUUAUGUCACUCAGCCAACACUGUACGCAGCUCCACAGGCUGUGAGCCAGCUGUUUUUAUCAGAGCCAGAGAGGACAGCUUUAACCAAUGAGGAUGACAUCACCUCUGGUCUUGGUUUGAUGGGGUUCUGGCUCCACUUCAGAGGCCCCUGAGGCUUUCAGAGAUGUAGAUAAAGAUUCAUAAAGAAGGCUCGAGUUAAAGUUAAGCCUUUGUAAGCUUAGGAAAUGCUUGUUUCUCUCACCUUUACACGCUCUUCAAGUUUUCAUCCUUUUGAACCCUAAACUAUUAUCCAGCUUAUCAUCUUUGCUGAGUUAAAAAUACAAAAAUAGCCAUGCAAUAAGGGUAUAUGAAAUUAUAUAUUAUAUAUGUUAUUAUUAUAAAAGAAAUACUCUACGCUAUAGUGAGGCCAGACUUGUAUUUUCAUGACGGAGUGUUUGCACGCUGCAAGAUUCAAGAUUCUUCAACUUUUUCCAAACUUUGUAAUACAUGGAUCCUUUCUUGAAAAGACGUGCAAAUCCAUAAAACAAUCUGAUUAAAUGCUUUUCUUUAUCUUUGACUGACUAUUUUGGUCGGUAGUUGAAGUUACAAAACAUGCAGUUUGAUAGAUUUGCUUUGCCUUAUUGGGAUUGAUAUUGAUUCAUGUUUUCUGUUAUUUUUCCACGAAGAAAUUGUGCAAAUUAUUUUACUACAAAUAUGAGUUAAUUAGUGACCUCCAGCUCUUUAGCCUUAAAUCUGUAAACAUGAUUCUGUAGUCCGUUCAAGGACUGCUCAGUUUGUGUUUUGCUUUAAUACAUCCACUACUCUGUGUGGGCUUUUAUCCCCUUUUAUAAAGUCAUAUCAUGGAGCUGGAGGCUGAGCAGGUCACAGAGGCUGAAUUUUUCUGCGUUGGCUAAUGGAAAGUGGGCGUUUUCUGAAUACAUUUCUUUGACACCCUGACCCGUCAAUACUUUUGACACUCUGGUUUGUGCUGGCGGUGCUGCAGCACAGUGCAUCUCAAGAUUUACAUUUUGCUUUCAGUGGAGUUGUGCUAACACAUGACGGCAUGGAACACAUUGAAGCACAUUUGGGAGAAAUGUGUUCGUAAUUUCCCUGCCAUCGCCCCCCCUCCUCUCCUCUCCGAUCUGUCACAGCAGCAUACCAGCACCUAUCUGCAUGCAUGAUCAUAUUAACAGUAAGGACUGUGGGUAACGUCUGUAUGCCAGGGAGCCUCGUCCAAAAAUAAUAAGUGCCAGGACCUCCUCCGAUGACAGCCUGAACCUUUGAUGUCAUGCAAAAGCUCAGGGAAAUGAGUUUAACAAAGUUUAAUGCUGUGGUGUGCCAGACAUUUUUCUUGGGUGAAGUUUGUGAUGAAUUUAAUUAAAGAAGUGAAAAGUUGGCUGAAGGUUUAGGAUGUCAAAUGUGCUAAUUUGUUAAUACCACGGCUCUGAAGCCGCUAAUGUCACUGUUUCCCCUCUUUGGAUGGAAAAGCAGGAAGUAUGGGAAGUGUGCCAUUGUUGGUAGGAUUAUCUUAAACACCAGCUAUGAUAAAUCAUAGAUAGAAGAUACCUCCUCUCCUUUUUUUUCCAUUUUAUCUCCUCAUCCCUCUGCAGACUUUUGCUGUUUUGCCCUUCCCUUGCCCUUGGUUUUCUUAGCACCACCAGGCUCUCUAUCUCAUAUAUUCCUUGCUGCUUUCUAACUUAUCUAACUUCCCGUCCUUUAGAUCUGCCGCUCUCCUCUCCCCUCUCCAAAGUAAAGUGAUAAAACAGAACAGUAUCCCACAUGUGCAGCCUGCACAGUGCGAGGAUAUGACUGAUGUCUCUGUUACGUCCCUGGCUGUGCUCAAAUAUAGGUCAGCCAGGUGACCUAUGACCUGCUGGGAGCUAUGGGAUUGCUCAGCUGUUCCUGGUCCCCGUCUGAUCUGUCUGAUGGAUGAGGAUCUAUCUUUUGGUGCUCCUGUGGUUUUUCAUUUCUUUCAGCAGCUUAUCAUUGAGGUUUUCCUGCCUCCAUUAGUCCCUCCUGUCUCUCUGUCUGCAGCUCCAUACAUCUGUUUAUGUUGAGUUAAGCAGGUACAGUUCAUGAGUCCCUAGAAAGGUUCCUGGAGGGGUUUCUGAGGUCUAUCAAAGCCACAUGUGUCCAUGACUGGUUGGUGUAAUCCUCAGGGUUUUGCCGGCAGGAGCUUUUUCUGUUAGUGUGUUAAUCUGCCGCCUUCAAGGCCCAUUGGAUAUUCUUAGUUAGCUAAGUUUGGACACAAGUUUGAAUUUUCCCCUGGGAUUAAUAAAGUAUCUAUUUUUCUACCUACCUACCUACCACCUACCUACCUAUCUAUCUAGCUAUCUAGCUAUCGAGAUAUCUAGAUAUGUAACGUUUUGCUCGUGUUUUUAUCUUUGUGUGUCUAAGUUGUGCACAAUAUGCAGGCAAGAGUUAUCAAAAAGGCCACGUUUGACAACAAGCAUCAAGUUUAAUGGGAAUUUCCACUAUUGGACACAAUUUCCCUACAUGCAAACUGCUUCAAAGGUUUGCUCUAAUGAAACUGUGUGUGGCCUGUCAGCUCGCAUCACGAUGAAAAAUGCUAAAUGGUCCCACUGUUGACUACUAGACUUUGUGGUUUUCUAAAAAGCUUUGUACAGUCUUUCACUGCCACUGCAAGUCAAAGCGGGAGCCUGAUUUAGUGAGAGAGAAAGGAGCGAGUGAGUGAGUGUGUGUGUCUGUCCGUCUGUCUUUUGUGUGUGUUUUUUUGUGCCAGCUGUUCUCCACGCCAGCAAUAGCUGACCAUUUGCUGGCUGGGGCCGACACACAACAGGCUCCUGGGACAUCGCCAGCCCCUGGACUCCGACUGUGGUCUGCAUACGCACACCCACACACUCACAAACAGCUUGCAGACUGGGCACACACUUGUCUGUGUAUCUUGGGAAUGUGACAGCGACUCUUGAGACGGUCCAAGAAGAUGUUUCAAUACAUCAUCCUUCCGUUCAGUUCGCUCAUACGGACAGAGAAAGUAUUCUGCGGCGAAUGAAAACGGCCGUCCACAGCUGCAUGCGUCAUAGUUUGUUCUGUGGUUAAGGUUGUCUGUCUGUCUGUGUUUGUGUGUGCAAGAAAGCUGCAAGAAAAGAGUUAUUUCUUUGAUCAGUAUCCAGGUCUGAUGUAGUAAACGUCUCAACAGAUGAUGCCCACAGUCUGAGUUUCACUCAUGCCAAAAUAUCCAGCGCUGUCUUGUACAGUAGAUCUCACAAUACUGGAGGGAAUGAUGUAUUAAUUUGGCUUUUUUUUUUUUUUAGCUUGCUGAGAUGAAACAUGGUCUUUGUUUUGGUUCCUCUCUUGUUUAAAUGAAGAUUUAUCUUCCAAGAGUUUCUAAUCUUGUUUACUAUCUGCUGUGCUUUGCCUGGAGGGAGUUUGAUCCAAGCAGCCCGUCUGCUCUUGUCUCUCAGUUUUCAUCCACUUAACAGUCGAGAUGAUCGCAUAAGACAAACAUCAGAUUGGCUACCAAAUCGUGUUAUUCAUGGGCACGUUAUCCUUUUACACGCUGCAUUACUUGGAAAUCUAAUAUUUUUAUCCAUCAUUUUUCAUGUGAUUAAAUGCUCUGUAGUUAUUUCUGUAAGUUUUCAGUCAUUUAAUAAGAUGCAUGUGUCUUUCCGGUUUGAUUAAAUGAUCCUUUUGUAAAUUUCCAGCCGUCUCUCAAAAUUCCAGAAAACUCCACCAUUAUAAAAAUUCUUCCUUCACGUCUCUCUCAAGCAGAAAAAGCUCCCCGUUCCCUCUGUUUAUUUGCCUUCCCACUUACAACAACACAAUUCUCAAUCUUUCCCAUGAGCUGAGCCCCGUCCAAGAAAAAUAACCCGGUCUUAUGUUGCCAUGGUGUAAUUAUGGAUCCAAACAGACUCUAUAGCUGUGGUCUCGCUCCAAACAUCAGCCCAAGCCCAGCGGAAGUUUGGUUUUCUAACCCAACAUAAUUAAAUUCCAACUGAGGAACAGUAAUCCCGCCCACCACCUUCAACAACAACAACAAAAAAAGAGAGAUGUUUUGCUCUGGUUCAUAUUUUUGGUAGAGUGGCUCAGUUCUGGUGUUUUCCUGUGGUGUGUGUUUAUAGCAUAAUAAUACUUGGGUGGUUUCUUUGUGGCCCAUUAGACAAGAGAUCAGACAAGUUAACUCGUUAGGUGUGAAGACCUUGACCUGCACUUCUGGGUAAAAAAAAACGUCACGGAUGGAAAAGGUUUAUUUUACUUUCUUCACUUAUAUUUUAAAAUGCUGUCUAAUGAGAACAUCCACUGAAUCAAAACUGUAAGGCGUAUCUGAUUCAGCAAGUGGACAUUUUUGAGGGUUUCUGUGCAUCUUGAAUGUAAACACUGAAGUUCCAGUUGAAAUAAGUCGUUGCAAUGACUAUUUAUGCAAAGCUUCAUUCUCAAUUUGUUCACGACUCGUGCGGUUGAAGCAGAUGUCAAAGCCCCUUGUUGAUUCUGAAACAGACUGAAAAUAAUCGGUGAUGCCUUUUUUAUGACCUACAAAGGAAAACUCAUCCAUCACUAAUGAGAUUUACGUCUUUUAUCUUCAAAUUAAUGUGAAACCACUGUGAAGACGUAGGUGUCAGAGCAGAUGACUGACAGCGAAGUCUUUAUUUUACACAGCGGCAAUUAUUCUCAGUGAGUGAAACAUUUAGCAGUGAGGAUGACAUUUUUGUCAGAAAACACAGCCUACACACACACAGGACAAGAUCAGUGGAUGCUUAAGAGCUGUUGCUAUGUCCACAAGGGGGCGCCAGAAUUAACACAAACAGAAAGUGACCCACAGGAACUUUAAGGUUUUAACUUUUAAGAUUGUUUAUUUAAACUCCUUUAAAGGUGCAGUGUGUAUUUAGCCAAAGUUAUCAGGACAGACUUGGUUGAACUGGAAUUAGUGUAAAGUUACCUGAUUGUAGGAGUUAUUUUGUUUGUGUUAAAUUAGAACGAGACUCAUAUUUAUAUAGGAACUAUGUAGGGACAUAGGAGGCUGAAAACUACACAAAUGGACGAUUGGACGUAUUGGGCCUCACAGGAGCGUCUUGACCUCAAAGACCGCUGUCACUUUUGCGCAAAGGAGCAUUUAAAUCUAGAUUUGACCAUGAAAAAUAAGUAAAUAUUCCCAUUUCUACACUGUGUCUUUAACUGAUGAUCUGUCCCAAUUUUAAGGGACAUUUUUUGCCUGUUAACAGCACUGUUUAAAAUGCAGACAGUUACUUCAGACAAACCGGGCAUCGAUAUGUACCAAUCUUUAUACCAGACACUUUCCAGGGUGAAUUGAAACUCUAAAAAUCAGAUUACGGAUUAGGACAAGUCAUCAUUAGGACUGAUCCUCUGGAAAAUAUGGACAGCUAUCUGCUCCAAAUUUUAUAACCUAUUACUUAUUAAAGUAUUUUAACUAAAGCCCUGACCACAUGGUUUAGCUAACGGGAUAGAAACGCAUCUCUAAAAUGAUCAGGAUGAAUCCUCUGGAAACUAUGACUGCGGUUGAUUAUUUCAGUCUGAAUCAAAGUGUGGGACCAUCCAACUGACUUCCAGACUUCGUUCCCAGAUUCACACCACUACAAGUGCUGCUAAAAACUAAAUUUCCCCACAUCAUCAAGGGAAAACUGCUGGGAUGCCUGGCAGAUUGAUGCGUCGUAUAUUAAAGAGAAAGAGUGUCAGAGGGUGGAGACUUCCUCUGGGCGGAUGAUGAAUAACUGUGCGGGAGAUGAAGCCAUAUCAACUCAUCAGUUCUAUCAUAUUGUGGAGCCUAUGAUUGCCUGCAGUCAUUGCCUUUGUGCUCUUUGGUGUCCUUGGUGAAGUCAUUGAGGGGACUUCUGUGCAGUCAGUCACAACAAACAGCUCAUGUGGGGUCAUUCUGGUGAAACAUCUCCCUGUAUUUUGUCUUUUUUUUAAUCCUGAGGAAUGUGUUUCGAGUGAAGCUGUUGAUUGUUGUUUCCCUUUGAGACUUUGCUCAAAGAAGAGAUUCAAGAUGUGAGACCGCACCCACAUUGUCCUCUACACCGCUGGACUGGAUGAACACGAUUGUGGACACUCACAGGCAUGGCUGGGAUGGUCACCCUGUGCUAUUUCGGUGGAGCAGAAACCUCAGAGGCGGCCAUUUGUACCCUGUGUCCUGCGGUCAGAGACGAUGAUUUAGGCAAAAAAAGAGAGGUUUGGGUUAGUUUUGUUUGUGCUUUUAUUUAUUCAUGAGCACCAGUUGUUCGCCAUUCAAGGUAUUCCCGCCAUGACCACAAUGUGGGUGGGUCACAUCUGCGGGAUUGACAGCUGACAUUCCAGACGUCUCAUGAGCCGUAGACCGGAGGGAUGCUUGCAUUUAGAACAAAUACUAGGUUUCUCCUAAAAACUGUGCUAUUCUGUGUUUCUGAUUUUGGAAACAUGUAAAAGCAUCUAAAAUUGCUGCACAGUGGGGAGUGUGUAGGUAUCAGUGGUUUUGGUGAUGGUUUGAGGGGUGUAAUUUAAGGGAGACCCAAGUGUUCAAAACAAGCUGAUGAUGGCAUAGAAAGUGGCUCAAGAAUGUUGAUAUUUUGCAUGUAUGUUUUAAAUUUGCAGGUGCUCAUGGAAAAGUAAGCCAGGACUUUUCUUCUAACCAAUAAGAUCCUGUAUUUAAAAUAGUUGAAUCAAUAUGAAGGUUUACCCAAUCUAAUCAAUUUACAAACACUUAUCUCCAAACUCCGCAGUUCCCUUUAAUUCUCCAGAGUAUUUUACCCUCUUUAAGUCCAUUAUUCUGGUUUAACAGCCACAAUUUUACGGUUGUAGUUCAAUUACACAGCUCUGACCUGUGUUGCUUUGGCUUCGGCGGGCCUCUGUUUCCCCCAAAAGGCUCUCUUGACACAAACAGCAGACUAAGUAAAUGUAGCUGCCGACCAAAGCGGAGCAGGUAUCAACUAACAUGUCAAACAGAACAGACCGAAACAGAGACUAAAUUUUAGUUUAGCACUCACAAGGGAGUUGACUGGAUAAUAAUGAUACUGCAUGUCAGCUGGAGGUUCAUGCAAGCGCAAGAGUAAAUAUAAUAGCAACUAAAAUGCUGUCAGAAUGAGCUGCAGUUUGUUCCCGCGGCCAUUCUAUUAGAGCUGCAGAUCACAGAUAUAGGUACAAAGCUCAGCUGAUUUUUCAUAAACACUCAAAAAAGGAUAGAUAAUAUUGCAGUUUUAGAUGACUUUUUAUGAGUUUAUAUACUUCGCACAGUGAGACUGAGUCUGCUGUACUGAUUCAAAUUUACACUUUUCAUGUCCAUCAUAAUCAGAAAGCAUCUUACCCAGUUUAAAAACAUGUCUUAUUAAAGUUUUUAAGGUCUGUGACACGACAAAAAGAGCCCUAUAAGCUUUGGCUAAAUAGACAGUGGUGAUGGUUGGAUUGAUUCAUGGUUUUCUGCCUUGUCUGGAGACUGUUAAAAGUGGAAAACAUGCAAUAUCAGGACAAUUACUGGUAUAAAGAUCCUCGGUAAGUUCAUACUCAGGAGAUACACUUUUGGUUUGCAUCAAAUUUCAUAUCUUGUGGCUUUUGUGGCAUCGGUGUAACACACUUCAUCUUACAUUCACCCAGUGAGAGUUAAUAAGCAUUAAAAAUAUCUAGAUAGAGAUGAUAAAAAGGCAUCAUAACCAAAUAAAAACUCCUCACAUGAACAUGAAACUGAAGUAAAUAUAUACUCAGUCUUGAAAAUGACUUUAAUUGUAACAUGUCUGCAGAAAUGAGAGGGUACAAACACGCUCUACAACAAUGUUUGUGUAUGUUUGUAAGCGUGAAUAUGUGUUUUUAUUUUGUCUACAUUCGCAUUAGUUUUAGUUUAGUUUUCUGGAGGAGGGUGUGAGUGUGGCCUCAAAGACCUGCAGAGUCAGGGGUCAAGUCUGUGUUUGUGUGGGUCAGUAAGAGGAAGAAGUUUACAAGAGAACCAAUGAUGUUUUAACGUGAUUUCAGGAAAAAUCCGUCAUAAGUUUUGGGGUCUGAUUUCAAGGACGUUGGUCUUUUGUAUGUUGGUUUGACCUGCUCCGGUGUAGAGAUGACAAGAUGUAGAGAAACGUGACUGGUGGUGUCAGGAUGGAAACAGAAACAGAGACAAGAGAGAAGAAAAUCACGCAUGUAUACUUUGAAACUCAAUCGAUCUUUGUCUGCUUUUCUUUCAUACAGAGUGUUUGAACUGCACCAGCUUCACUGACAUGAACAGCAGAAUAAACACCAUUGAAUCCAAGGUAAAAGAAAAAAGUCGGUCUCCAUCCCAUCAAUAACUUUAUCGACAGAAUUUGAAAAAACAAUAUAACCAGUGUGGUGAUGUUUCUGUCAUCUGCUCCUCUUGUCUCAGAUCAAACUGUUCGAAGAGGGACGAUCAUCCCAGUCCACAGUCAAAAUUUCACCGGAGGGCUCCACAGAAAACGAGGUGGACACACCCAAACCAACUCCUCUUGGACCACCGGUGUACCUGCCACAAGGUGUGACCACAUUCUUCAAACGUUAUGAUCUAUAAAAAGGAUAUGCUUAAUAGGAAAGUUUGUUCUUUUGAAGUGGUUUUUUUUUCUGAGGUGCUCAGCGCCGCCGGCAGAGGAAGUGAUUUGAUGAAAUGCUGACAUUCAGAAGCCCCCUGUUGUUUCCUCCUCCACAUCUCCACAUUUUCAAAGGUUAAGUUCCCCAGAAAACCCUUUUAUAGAGGGGCCCGGUAUUGUCAAGAACCUCCCAGUUCAAUGCGGUUUUGAUUAUUUGGGUCACAAUUUGAUUCUAUAUAAGAUUCAGUGUUGAUUAACAUGCUAGUGGCUCAAUAUAAAUUUGGUCACUUCUGUAGACGACAGAUUUACUCAUUUACUUCAUCGCAGAACUUUAUAAUACUUUUGAAAUGACACUGUUUGCAUUAUAUGUUUAGGUAGAUUUAUUCCUUAUUUUUCUGUAAACCUCGGCACCAUGUCGACUCAAAUAAUGAUGCAGUGUUUAAACACGGCCUCACAGGGCUUACACACAACAUGACUUCUGUCAACUUCUUCACAUCCAAAUCCAAAAUGUGUCCAAACAUCAGCGAUUAAUGUUGAUGGCGCUGACUUUAGGGCCCUACCCGCCACUGCUGCCUUUUGGCUGACUAAGCAACUGUUGUUUAGUCAAGAGGGGUCUUUGUGCAACUCCAGUCACAAUAUUGCAGCACCCACAGAGACCCCCCCAGGAGUGGGGCUUCAGUACAGUAGAAAUUACUGAGUCAGAAUUAGGAAACAUGUAUUGUAGCUAAUUUUUAAUCAGUCAGUGGAUUACUUCUUGAAAUCUUCAUUGCUUUCUUGUUUUCUCAAACUGUUGUUUUAAUUGUUUCAGGAAGUAGAGGCCCCCCAGGACCAAUUGGACCACCAGGGCUUCCAGGUUCUGCAGGACUUCCUGGUCCAUCUGGACGAGCCGGCCUGCCUGGACCUACAGGUAAACUAUCAGGGUUGAGCUCUUCCACUUUAACCUGCACACUUGAGGUAAUUGCGAUGAAAAGUGCCCGUUUUACAAAUCUGAUGAACUGGUUGGUUGCAUUUUGUAUUUUCCGUCUGUGCUCAGGACCAAAGGGUAGCAGAGGUCUACCUGGAGAAGUAGGUCUCCCCGGCCCUCCAGGUCCACCGGGUCCCCCAGGGCCGAGCUCCCUUCCCGUCAGAGAGCGGGGUGACGUGUUUCACGUGGAUAAUCAAGGUAGGCAAAUUCUUCAACCUUACGAAUUCCCUCUUUUACAUUUACUUGAGGCUAAAUUGUCCCAGAUGGCCUCAAAUGAGAACAUAAUAGACGUAGAUCUCACACACACAGUUGAUUUCUGACCCAAGAACAAUCUGUAAAACCAUCGAAGCGUUCAGUUUCUGGAUGAUCUGAAUUCAGGCCAAAACCACAGCUCCAUUUAUACACAGGUCAUCCUGCAAUGAGUCAUGUGCUACACCAGUUUUCAUGUUUUAUGUUUAUCCUGUUGGUCUUUUUUCAAUCCUUCUGUCAUGAGCUCCUGCCAUAUGGAUUUGGAGGGCUGUCUAAAGUGGGCACAGGUUGAAGAUUUGGGACUAAAGCAGUGCUGUUGCCAAGUGUUUAAGUGGGCAAUAUGUGUCUCCAGCCUUCAGCAAAGGGCUCAAAUAUGUGAUGGAGAAUGUAUUGUUUUCUGUGCUUAGUUUAGUCUGAUUGUUUCCAGGUGUCGAGCUGCUGCUGAGCCACUGUUUACUGUAACCUCAUUAAGCAGCACCAACAACAAUGAAGCCAAAAUCAACAUGUAUGAAUUAACUCAGGUGGCUUUAAAACAACUUAGACAUAGACAUGUGCCAUUCACCUUUUCCUUCAACGACUCUUCACAAAGAUCCGUACUCAAACUACAUAUGAAAUCACUGAUUUUUCAUGGUGUCAAACUUUAAAACCUCCAUAUCUUUUACAGAAGACAUGAACAUGUGCGAGAGUUUUCGUCUCAGACAUUUAAAACCCGGCUUUCACCACAGGGAGGCAGCAGAAGUCCACACUGUAAUCACUACCUCAUGAGGACUGCUGGCUCCGAUUAGGCUUUUUGGCUGCGUCUGCCUUUCUGAGCCCGGGACUGUGUCUGCGGGUCUGGAACUAUGUAGAUUUGGGUCUGUGGGACCGUGUAAGCUGAGGGGGGGCCAACUGGCUGUAAAUCAGGCCUAAUUUGUUAGCUGUCAGCACAACAGUCUGCAUUUGGGGGGAACAGGCCGAGGCCCCGAGCCAAAAUCUGGGCCGGCUAUGAACGAGGGAGGAGAUAGUCUGCCACUCAUGUGGAGUUUCUCGGGGAGGCAGCCAGGCUGGAGGAGACUGUAACAUUAGAAAAUUAGUUCCAGAGGGAAAUCUGCUCCUUCUAGAGCCGCUCUGUGGACUGUAGCCACGGUGUAACAGCGCUGUCUCAACACGGGGAAGACUGAUUCUUAACAUAUGUUAAAGUGGAGAGGAAGUGUGGCGCGGUUGAAAACAAAUUUAAACUUACAAGCAUACUUUAAAACAUCCUACAUGCUGAGAACAAGGAACAACUUCCCCCUCCUGAGAGAUUUCUGUGAGCAGAGAUCAUGUCCAAACAUUUACUGCUCCAUUAAUGGGACCCCUUUUAGAUUGUGCAGCUGCUCUUGUCAAUCAGGAACCAGAUCUAAUCCUUCUGUUAACUGCAGAUGAAACUCGACUGGAGACUCUUGAUAUCUUCACCCUUCAGUUCGGGCUGUUGAAGACCUCUAUUGUCUGAGUAGGCGCACCAGUUGAUGCUAAAAUCAACUAUUUAAAAGGACAUUAGGGAUCCUUAACUUGAGAUGAAACAUUAAUGGGCUCUUUAACUUUUCUCGUUUGACUUCUUGUUUCUGUUUUCUUCUCUGUGUUUGUGGCUGUUUCAGUUCCCCUUGUGUGUCUAUGAGGCCUUAUAAACACUCAUCAUUUAAAGUGAACUCCUUUUGUCAUGAUCAGAUCGUUUAUCAUCACACAGUGUUGACUCUGAGUACAGAAAAUACUUAAAACUGAUUUAAAACUCGAGGGAUACAACAGACAUUUUGACAUUUCUGGAACCGGCAGUGUUUUGUUUGUAGUCAGCUCACUCAGCCAUUAUUUUUUCCUGUCACCAGUUCGGGCUAUUUUUGUGCAAAGGUUUAACCAAACAUUACCUUUUUACAUUUCCUCAUGCUUUCUUGUCAGAGGAGUUCCUCGUCAGUCCAGCUCUCCCUGCUCCUGAGAUUGUUCCCGGGCCUCCUGGACCUCCUGGUUCUCCUGGUCCAGCUGGUCCUGUCGGCCCCUCAGGUAUGAAUAUAAGAUAUUUCCUGUCCAGAGGUUCAGGGGAAACACUGCAGCAGGUCCACAGUCUUCUCAUGAAACAUACAUGUGUUUUAUGGUUAUAGUCAGGGGAGAAAAGCACGGCUCAGACUCAUAAAACUUUAUUUGAAGCCUCAGUGAAGAAGACGCUUACUUUCAAGGAACGGUAACACGACGUGAUCAUCCUCAGAGCAGAGUGAACAGAAAGAUCAUUUUCUGAUUUGUUUUAUAGUAUUUGUGUCGAAGCAAAGAUGAGAAAUCAUAGAAUUUAGAGGAAAAGCUCAGGUAAAACAGACUCUAAUAUGUCACGGUAUUUUAUUUCAUUACAAAAGACUCAUAAUUUAAUUUAAAAAAACAAAGACUGUGGGGGUCCAAGUGGUUUAUUUUAAAUUCAUUGUUUAAUUCCUCCUGAUGCUUCACAGAACAAUGGUAUUUAUAAAUCAUAUUAAACUGUGAUAAAUUGACUAAAUUGAUUUUUGAUGAAUUUUCAGCAUUUCCACCUCCAUAUCUCUCUCAUGUGUUGAUGUUUAUUUUUUCCUCGCGAUCGACACUUCAGGGUCUCCAGGACUGCAAGGACCUGCAGGGACACCAGGCUCACCAGGACAGGAUGUGAGUAACUGUGCCCUUGGAACAAUCCAGUUAUUAUGAUUUUAUUAGGUCCAUUAAUGCCUGAUCAUCUGUUUUCCUGAAAUAAGGGCAAGGAAGGCCUCCAAGGCAAGCGCGGGGAUCUUGGACCUAAAGGAGAUCCAGGGGAAAAGGUGAGGCUGUUUAAAAAUCGUCCUCAUUAUUGGAUUAGCGUGCCGGCUGAACAUGUUUGAUUCUGAUGAACUUUCAAAACGGUUUGUGUUGUACGGUUUGUAAAUGUUCCUGGCUGUCAUGCGAUCUUAAACACAUUAAAGGUGAACGAGCCGUUCUUCAAAGACUCACUCAGAGCCGAAACUAAUCCCCCUCUUUCUCUCUUCGCUCUCGAUCGAGCCUAGGCCUCACUAAUCAGGGCAGCCGUGGCGGGUUCUCACUUUUAUCCAUCUCUCUGGUGGGCCUCUGUCUUUUAACCUGAUCCUGCUCUGAACUUGUACAAAUCAAGAUGGGAGAUUUAGUGAAGAGGCAGAUUAACACAGGGACUAAAGAAUGAGUGUGUAAGCAGAAGACAUUGAUUCUCCCUCUCUCUUCCUCCUCUACCAGGGGUCUCCAGGUGUUGCAGGCCAGCAGGGUCCACCUGUAAGUAUGAGGUUGGUGUUUUGCAGAGAAAAAACACACACGCACAGAUGACACAGAGAUGACGAGAUUAUUUUAAUCUCAUUUUGUAGGGAGCACCAGGGCCGAAAGGAGAGCCCGGAGAAGGUUUGAAUGAGGUGAGAGAUAUCAGUAUAUUUUCCUCAUGAGGUCGUUUGAAUAAAAAAAGACAAAAAAAGAGGAAAAGUCAUGGUGAUGUUUUUCAGGGGGAGGCUGUGCAGCAGCUCAGGGAGGCCCUGAAGAUACUGGCAGAGAGGGUCCUGAUCCUGGAGCACAUGAUUGGUAUUCACGGUGAGGAGUAUAACACAGAUGUGGGACAAGUUUGACAUUUUGAGGGGGUUAAAAAUGCUUUGGCUGUUUUUUGGGUGUUACAUGAGAGGACAAUCAAGACCCAGAAAGCGAUUAACUAGCAGCAGAAAAACAGUUAGCCUCUGACUUAGCCGUUGCUCAGUUCACUUAUUUCAGAUUAUUCUAGAGAAAAUGUUGAGCUUUAUGACCAAAUAAAUACACCACUAUUUCAAAUGCUCCGCCCCUUAAAAUUCAUGUCUGUACUUUUCUAGAGGUCAGAGUGCAGACCUCAAUUACUUUUUAAUUUAAAUUUAAGUUGCAAGCAUCAGUCCAAGAUGUGUAUUUUCACAUUUGGAGUACCAGUUUGUCCUAAAAACGUAUACUUAAAGAAAUCGCCUUUUUUGAAAAAGAAUAGACUAUAACUAAGCGGCAACCUUCACAGCUGAAAAAUAAAAAAUUCAUAAAAAGCCGAGGAAACCCCAUCAAUUUCGUUUUUAUAAAUUACUGGUGUUUGUUUGAUACUAUUAAGGCUAAAAGUUACAUGUAUUAAACAGUUUAUGGUUGGAAUAGUCUCUCACAUCAAACCUAAUAUUAGGGUAAAAACCGAAAGCAGAAGGAAACAGCGAGCCUGGCUCUGAUUAAAAUGGAACCAAAAAUGCCUCUACCAGCACCUCUAUAAUUUUCUCAGUGUGUCACAUGAAAGUUUUUAAUCUGUGCCAAAAACCGAAUCGUGUAAACUCCAGUUCUCUGUUUUAAAGUGGCUGGAAUUAUUUAGAAAUGAUCAGAAAUUCUGAGCGUUGGUAUUUCCAGGGCAGGUUAGCUGCUUCUCUCUAUUUCCAGUAAACUAGCUUCAUAUUUAACAGACAGAUUUGAAGAUGAUAUCAAUCAUUCUCACCUUAAAAAAGCACAUUCCUAAACUGUCAAAGUCUGUCUUUCAAAGCAGUGUUUAAGGGAAAGUACUUUUAUGAAUGACUCUCUUUCUCUGUGUCAUGUUUCCGCACAGACAACUCUGAAGGAUCUGGAUUUGGCAGCAUCUUGGACCCCCUGUCUUUCUCCUCUUUAAAGACUAAGCGCCUCCAGCCUGUUCAGACCCCUCCUCUAACUCCAGCACUUGGGGAGCGACAAAGACGCACUUCCCUCUGAGAGUACUGUCUAAUAUUGUGUGUUUUGUGUAUAAUGGUGCUGGAUGUGGCAGAUUUUACUUGACUGGACGUAUAAUAACUGUUUAUAUCAUGUGCCUCAUGCUUAUUUCAAUUUAUUUGCCUUGAAUAAUAUAAUAUUUUUUAUUACAAAUAAGUAGAAGUGUAACAAUAAGGCUCUUUGCAGACAUGAGAUGUUGAACAUUUCAUCCAUAUGAGAAGACUGUUUGACCCUGUUGAUCUGACAAAAUUUUAGCAACAGCACUUGUACGAGGUUGCACAAUGAAAUACAGUCUCAUAAAGUGUCAUGAAGCUUU